AUGAACAAGUAUAAUAAAACAUAUCUGAAACUAUUUAGAAGAGGUUCUAAAUCUAAUUAUAAGAAGAGGUUCUCCAAGAAAGCUAAAGUUGCAGCAGUUACCACCACUGUGGUUGCUCUUGUAUGCUUAGUAGCCACUCUUUGUUACUAUGCAUCUUCCAAUAAUUACAUAUUUUCAGGUUAUUUCGUAGCAAAUCAAAACCCUCCAUCCAUCAACACAAACAUACACAAACAACAAGAAUAUCCACUUAGAUGCACCAAAGGGAACACGACUGAGACACAAACAUGUCCAAGAGACUACUACCCUACAAAACAUAACCCAACAAAUCAAAAUAGCAAUGUUUGUCCCUCGUACUUUAGAUGGAUCCAUGAAGAUCUAAAGCCAUGGAAAGAUAAAGGGAUCACAAGAGAAAUGCUCGAAGGAGGGAGAAGAACAGCGAACUUUAAGGCUGUGAUUGUGGAUGGAAAAUUGUAUGUGGAGAAGUAUAUGAAAUCAUUUCACACAAGAGAUGUGUUCACUUUGUGGAGUAUUGUGCAACUGUUAAGGUUGUAUCCUGGCAAGUUACCUGAUUUAGAACUAAUGUUCGAUUGCGAAGAUAGGCCUGUUAUUCGGUCGGAUAAGUUUCAAGGCCCGAAUGCUUCACCACCACCUUUGUUUGGAUAUUGUUCGGAUCAAUCGAGUUUGGAUAUCGUUUUUCCUGAUUGGUCUUUUUGGGGAUGGGCUGAGAUAAAUAUAAAGCCAUGGAAUGGAAUCAUGAAAGAUAUAAAAGAAGGGAACAAAAGGACCAAAUGGAAGGAUAGAGUGCCAUAUGCUUAUUGGAAAGGGAACCCUACAGUUGCUGCAACAAGGAACGAUCUUCUGACAUGCAAUGUUACAUCAGAAAAUGAUUGGAAGAAUCACCUAUACAUACAAGACUGGGCAAAAGAAACCAAUGAAGGUUACAAAGAAUCCAACUUAGCAAAUCAAUGUACUCAUAGGUACAAGAUAUACAUAGAAGGAAUUGCUUGGUCUGUCAGUGAGAAAUACAUUUUGGCAUGUGAUUCCAUGACAUUAUAUGUAAGACCCAAUUACUAUGAUUUUUUCAUGAGAGGCAUGGUUCCAUUACAACACUAUUGGCCCAUUAGAGACAAUACUAAAUGUACAUCUCUUAAGUUUGCUGUAGAAUGGGGCAACAAUCAUGUUGAUAAGGCACAAGCAAUAGGAAAAGUUGCUAGCAAAUUCAUGCAAGAGGAUUUAGCCAUGAACAAUAUAUAUGAUUACAUGUUCCAUCUUCUUAAUGGAUAUGCAAAGCUUUUAAGGUUCAAACCAACUAUACCUUUAGGAGCUGAGGAACUUUGUGCUGAAACAAUGGCAUGUGAUUAUGAUGGUACACAUAGGAAGUUCAUGGAAGAUUCAAUGGUGAUGUCUCCUAGUGAUUCAAGUCCAUGCACCAUUCCUCCUCCAUAUGAUUCUUUGACUAUACAAGAAAUUUUAGAGAGAAAAGCUAAUUCAACAAGACAAGUAGAAAUUUGGGAAGAUGAAUAUUGGCAGAAUAAAAAUAAUGGACAUAGUAUUGCCUAA